AUGUGGCCAUCUCGCAUCACUACUCCGCUUGUCUAUAUUCUUGUCACUCUAUUCGGUGUGGGCACAUGGCUCAAUCUUCAGGGUGUCUUUCUUCAAUUUCCGCUUAUCGUACCUCAAGUUGUCGAGGGCUGGCGUUUGCCCGCCAUCAUGGGCCUCAUUGCGAAUAGUGGCACCAUAGCCCUCUUUAUUGUAGCUAUUAUUCGAUGGUGUUCUCGAGGCAAGGUUGCUUACGAAAUUCCCGUCAAUAUUGGUAUAUUAUCGAUCGGUACUGGUGCACUUGUCGCUCUCGCCUUCCUCUGGAACAAGACAUCGAUUAUUGCUGGUUCUCGUCAUUCCACUUAUCUUAUGGCUCUAUCGUUUUGUUUAGCUCUCGUUGAUGUUACUUCGAAUGCAACAUUCAUGCCAUUUCUUAAUCGAUAUGAACUUCGUUUUCUCAAUGGAUUCUUAUUCGGUGAAGCACUCUCAAGUUUAUUACCUGGAUUGCUCGGACUCGCUCAAGGUGUCGGUGGAGAAACCUGUCAAAAUGGAACAAGCAUUCAGCAUCCACCUCGUUUUUCGGUUCAAGUAUACUUGAUCGGUUUAUCAGUGAUAAUGAUUUGCUCAUUUCUGGCGUUUAUCAUACUCUGCUCAACGAAGAUUGGCAGACACAAAACCAAUGAUACUCAGUAA